GUUGUAGACUGCAAAGGAAUUUUUACAUUAAAAAUCAGUUAAAAUUGACAAUGGGUAAUAGGGAUGUUCGCCGAGGCAGGAAAUGACGCAGUACGGCGCAUGCGCGUAAAACUGGUUGGCAAGAACCAUUUCUUUCAUUACAGCAAAUAGUAGUCGGUUCACAAAGGAAUUAGUUAUGAAUGGCCCUCUAUCACCGUAUGCGAGUUCCUUGGGCAACGAAGCGAAACAACGGAUUUACAAGAAGCUGCUUUAUAAUGGCGAAACGAAAACGUUGCCAGAUCCAUACAUUUUAACUGAAAAAUGGAGCACGAAUCCCAGCAACUGGCCAGAUUUGACUUUUGCCAAAGUUUUGGUGAUGUUUACCUGUAUUUAAUCGACACGCCGUCCAUUUACAACAAAGAUUCCAUGAAAGCCUACAAAUCGUUGGAGGCAUACAAGUAUGUUGUUAGUGGGCAUGUGCAGGUUGUGUUGUCGAAUCCAGUGGACGAUAAAUGCCCAUUCAUGGCAAUGAAAGCAAAGGUGACUCCUUCACAGAGAGCGAGAGACAAGCCCCAUGAGCCAUGGGUUUACUUGGAGAAAAACAGUGGCACAGUUUACUGUGCUCAUUGUACCUGUAUGGCCGGGUAAUUCCGACAACAAUCACUGACAUAUUUCACGUUUUUGAAAGUUUUUCUGCUAAUUUUGGCAGUCCCUGGUUAAGAAUGUCGGAUAUUGUGGUCACAGACACACUGAACCUAUUCGCCAAGUCCUGGUGCU